CGUAACGUCGCGACGUCUGGAUACCGCCUCUUUUCCCUUUACGAUAUUUACGUCUACAACGAAAACCGUCAAAACGCGAUAUCGAAAAAUGAGACACCGAUUUGACGCGGUAAAAAACCAUUUCAACCUUCCGAGAUCAGCGCCGCUCCGCAUUGUUCCGGUUGUCGCACGGCUACAGCCGGAAGUAUAGCGGAUUUCGCGAGGAGGAAGACGAAUGUAACGGACGCAGCGGUGCAUUUUGGCGAGAGAAUAACUUCGCCGAAUCAGUGCAAUUUCAAGCCGCAGUGACUACGAUGUCAAAGUGAUUUUUGCAAUUGAUCGAACGAAAGACGUGUGUCAUCCAUCAUGAAGAAACUUGGACUGCAGUUCGUGACUUUACUGUUAUCCUCGUUGAUAAUAAGGAUAUCAGUGGUUUCAGGACUUUACUUCCCACAAUCAAACCUCACUCUAAGGUUACCGUACUUAGCUCAUAGCGAAUUCGGUUGGACACAGGUCACCGGGAUGUAUGUAAUCGACCUUAGGACCCUUCGGAAUGACUCCAGCAGACCGCUAGUGGAGUAUCAGAUCCUCAUGCCACGGGAUCCGUCUGUAGUUUACCUUGAUCGUAGGAGGAUAGUCAGACUAGCGAGUAUUCCGAAAAAUGGCACUCUCGAUAUCGUUAUUAAAGCGACGGAAAAGAAUUUUGACGAAGCGGUGCUGGAAAUAAAAGUGCAACCAGUACCGGUGAUGGGAAAAACAAUCAAUUGUGCAGAUUUCUUGCAGGACAUGUGCUUCUGGAACACGUCGAGAUACAAGAUUUACGAGAAUCAACCGGUCACCGUGAUUGGCAGGUUCGCCCCCAAGAUAAACAGCUACAUGUGUUCCGAAUUUGACGUCACCGGAUAUGAAUUAUUGAAUGGAACAGACUAUUUUCAUAUAGUCGACGGUGAAUUAUUUGCGAACGCAUCCUUAGACCGAGAUGUUAUUGGACCUCCGGGAGGACCUGGACCUCACGUCAAGAUCCAAGUCAGAUGUGUCGUUUGGGAACAAAAAACCGGGAUGCAAUACGUGCAAACGGACGUCCUCACCAUCGACAUCCUGGAUGAAGACGACAAUCCUCCGACGGUGCAAGGCGAAACUUCCAUCGCUAUAACACUGCAGGACUUCUCCAAGAACUCUAGAUUGGUAGACGAGAACCGUUUGGUCGUGAAGGAUGCGGAUACGGUGUCCAGCAACCAGUACAGCGUUCACCUACUUGAUGAUACCUCCAAUGCGUUGGACUUGAUUUACAACAUCCUGCCGAUCGAGCAUCACACGCGCCCGAAUCAAGCGCCUUCCACCGCCAUUUUUCCCAUGAUCUACGCCAAGAAGACAUUGCUGCCGAAAUCGCCGUAUCGCGUAGUUCUUCAGGUCACGGAUGAGUCGCUUCUCGCGGGAUACGGGGCGAAUUCGGUGAACAUCAGCAUAACUUUCUCGGGGCCGAUACAUCAAGCUUUAACAACCGUAAUACCGUCAACUGUCGCAACGUUCUCGUAUCCGUCGAAUGUGAAGAUAGCCCGAAUUUCGCCUAGAUAUCUACGCGUGGCGCAACCCACCACGAAGCCACAUCCUUCGAUAACUUUCGUCCUGAACGGUUCGGGCGCCUUCAACGUCACCCAACGGGACGGCAUCAUUUAUGUGUCCAAUGAAACUAAGCUACGAUCCGAGCCCAACAACACCGUUCAACUGAAAUUAAGAUGGAUCGGAGUAAAUGGUACUGCUACGACCAAGACGUUGCGAGUGAAUCUGGUUGACGUACUACAAUCGAAGAUCGUCACGUGCGGGCAAUCGGCUCAAGAGGAAAUGCACUUGUGUGCGAACGCGGAAACACGCGAGAAAUGCGAAAAGUCCUGCGGAAUUGGCAGCGGAGUCCUUAGCAAGGGCAGUUUCAACGGUCGAUGCGUAUGGAGGAGCAACAACGCUACUCAAAUGUCGGAAUAUUAUUCCACUUGUUCUCCGAAUCUGUUGUACUGUCCGGACAACGAAUGCGACGAACUGGAGCGCAACGUUCCACAUAUAUGUCCGCAAGACUGCACCGUCGAAUCUGACGUUUUUCUCGCUCACAUGAACAACGACGGCCGCGGCAUAAAGAGCGGCCUGAAUACUUGCAUCUGCAACGAUGUAAUGCAAUGCACCUGCGGAGUGGACUCCUUUUUGCAAGGAAAUGACGUGCCUGGAACGACAAGGGAGGAACGACUGGGCACCGGAAAAUUACGUGAUCGAGGAAACGAGAUUGUCGUGUCGGGCGCGCGAAAAGCGUCCAGCGGACCGUGCGGCCCCACAUGCAUGAUGGGUGUCAUCGGAGCUAGUCUGUUUGUGUUGAUCGUGAUUGUGGGGUCAUUCGUGAUGUGGAGAUAUAGGAUGGCGGCGAAGGGCGCUCGACGGGAAUGCAAACACAGGGUGGACGAUGCGGCAAAUGGUAUUGGUAUUUUGCCGUCCGACUACAUCGAUCGCGGCGAUGGUCUCUUGAUCGGUUUGGACACGUUCACGGCGGCGAAUCGUCAUCUAUUGUUACCGAAGACAUGCCCGCCGGAUCCGAAGUGGGAAUUUCCACGAUCGCUCCUGAAAAUCGAGCAGGUGCUCGGCGAGGGUGAAUUCGGGCGCGUCUUGCGCGCUAAAGCUAUGAACAUCAGUGGAAUUCCCGGUCCCACGACCGUCGCGGUAAAGACCCUGAAGGAGGACGCGUGUGCUUCUGAACUGGCAGAUCUACUGUCUGAAUACCAAUUGUUGAAGGAAGCGCAGCAUCCGAACGUGAUUCGGCUGUUAGGCGCUUGCACGACACCGCCGGGCGCGCCCGUCUAUCUCAUCAUCGAAUUCGCCGAAUUCGGCUCCUUACGUAACUAUCUGAGGCGCAGCCGGCACUUGGAGUCGGAGUGUAGAAUACCCGCACCGACGUCUCUGCUUUCCACUUCGCCGAUCAACGCCAGUGAGGAAUCGCAAGGCAGCGAUAAUGCAUUGAACUAUACGAUAACGCCGCGCGAUAUUCUCUCGUUCGCCUGGCAAAUAAGCAAAGGGAUGGCAUAUCUAGCCGAUAUUAAGUUGGUGCAUCGGGAUCUCGCAGCGAGGAAUGUUUUGCUCGCAACCGGGAAGGUUUGCAAGAUCUCGGACUUUGGUCUAACUCGUGAUGUAUAUGAAGACGAUGCGUAUUUGAAGCGAAGCAAGGGACGAGUGCCCGUAAAAUGGAUGGCGCCGGAAUCCCUGGCUGACCAUGUGUAUACCAGCAAAUCGGACGUUUGGAGCUUCGGCGUGCUCUUGUGGGAGUUAGUCACGUUAGGAGCCUCCCCGUAUCCUGGAGUGGACGUACAUAAUCUCUACAAUCUGCUGAAGGUCGGCUACCGUAUGGAGAAGCCGUAUAACUGCUCGCAACAGUUAUACAGGUUGAUGGUGUCCUGUUGGCAUCAAGAGCCCGGCAUGCGACCGUCGUUCAGGGAACUAACCAGCCACUGGGAGCGUAUGCUGGAGGAUGGUGUCGAGUAUCUCGAUCUUAAUCCACGAACCGUCCAUAAUCAAGCCUACUUUGCGUCUCUGCCAAUUUUGGACAACGCGAGUGGUUCUAGCAACGACCAGAUUGACAACGGGACUGCCAACGGGAUUUUAAGGACAGACACUGUCAACUACCUCGGCCGGAUAUCUUCUGAGCCCGUCACCAAGUGCGACAAGGUGGACAAAUUGCAGGCGCUCUGGCAGCCGUCCAUAGCGUCCUUCCCCGAGGAACCCAUAAAGUCGCCCUACGUGAACGAGCGAUCCGCGAGCUUGAAUGCCAAUCAUUACGAAAGCCCGAUAAAGCUAAGAAAUACCAGCGUGGCCAGCAACAGCGAGAACGACUUGAGAACACCUCCCAACGACCGUCCUCAGUCCUACAUCGAUAUGCAGGGAAAGAAAUCGACGGAGACGGAGGAUCUCUUGGUGUUUGGGAGCAUGGACGACGACGACAAGAACGACAAUAACGUGACGAAUUGAUCGACGUAAUCUCACGUUGGACGUUUGACAAAUGAGAGAAAUUCAAAACAGAAAACGUCAGUUUUCUGAGUCUCAACGAGCUUUCGUUGUCUCGAGGCGGAUAUACGAUGAAAAGAAAGUAAAGGUAACUAAUUGAGGGAGCAAUUGUUGAUCGCAAAUUAUGCGAGAAAGAGAGGAAUAUUUAUUUAACGAGGAAGUAUGAAAGAGAAUUGUGUGCGAGUAAUUGGAAACGAAUGAUUCGCGAUAGGAUGAGAAGGAAUUGCGCAAAAUGACGAUGACACGAUGAUGUGCUGGAUGAAUGAAAAUUUGCAUUUGUAAAAGCAAAUAUUAACUCCGUGGAGUUGAAUAUGUCGCGAUUUAAAUUAUAUCGCAGAAAGAAUUCCUGAAAGAAUUCUUGAUCGAACGAAACGCUCUGUAGGAAGUUAGAGAUAAACUAUAUCGCGCAAAACGGCUGCUAUACCAAGUAUAAAUUAAUAAUUAAUUUGCCGUGUUUUUAUGUACUUAAAGUCGGCUGUAUGUUGAUCGCCAUUGGUAAGACCGCUUUUAAUACUAUUGAAUAAUAGUUACGCAUUACAAUCAUUCGUGCGAUUUCUCAAAAAGAUCAUCGUACUUUCAGCAUUUAAAAAUCUUCCAUACGUCACACCAUGCAACUGUGACGAGGUUUGAGGAUAGUUGCUCAUUGAGAAUGUCGAGCUUUCCAAACUGAGGGUCAUAAGUUGUUUCCUAACUGUCGUUAGCAAUCUUUGUUAAAAGUACAAGCUUCAAUGGAGUGCAAUAAGUGAGACAACAUUUUUCACAGUUAAUUUUAAAAUGUUUACCCGCAGCGUAAUUUACGAGCGAUAUUAACUGUUUAAACUUGAGAAGUUGCACAUUUGGUCUUCCAUCAAAUCUUUUUUGAUAGAUAGAUCCGUGGUUGUGAAGUUGUACGGCACCGUAUUCAACUCGAAACUUUAAUCGUCACGCUUCCUUUCGAGACGAGAUACUUUUUAUUGUCGCACUAGCUUUUGUGGCUUUCGCGUGUCCGACACAACGAAGCAGCAGAUCGCACGCAGAUCGAGAUAAUAACGACCGAGGCGUAAGAGUAGUAUUUUUUACGAGACGCGUGUGUGGUGGGCUCCGGUUAGCGCGACGUCACAUCCGAAGAAGACUGUGUUUCGCCGUACCUCACUGGGAACGGAAUCGUCCCUUUUGUAUUUAUGUAUAAGAUGCAACAUUCCACCCACCGAUUUAGCCUAGUUACUUAUCGUACAGAUUUUAUAUAUCACGACUGCGUAUGAUUUCGACUAGUACACGUUUACGGGCUACGCGUUCGAUGUUUUUCCUGUUUCUCUAUUAAACUCUCCGGGGCGUUAACGACAAGGAUGUGGAGCACGCGUGUUACAAGCCGGUUAAUAUUGUGCCAUAUUAUUUUCUUGUAACUGAUAUAUCACAAAAACAUAUAAAAGAUGCUUCAAAAUGGA